AUGACAGCCGCGUUUCUUACAUCGCCUCUGGAUGUCGUUAGAACAAGGCUGCAGUCCGAUUUCUAUCGACCAACGUUGGUGCGGACCCCCUUCUCCUCCUCUCCGGCAUUCAAGGAUUCCUGGAAUGCCCCUUCUCUUUCGCUCUUCGAUCCGUCACUUCCACGAGACUUUCCAGAUCCUCUCGUCUUAUCUAUCGCGCCGAGCGCUGGCGUACCCUUUGAAAAGGUCUCGGCCCAAACUCCGAUUGUCUCUGUUGAUGCUUUUAAGAAAAAAAAAGAGAAAAAAAACAUCAACUACUUACCAGGUCGUAAGAACACGCUUGCGUUAAGUCCCUCUGCACAACGGAGAACUGAAACACAAGAGCAUCCUCUAGUGCUCCCACCUCGUCUGGAAGGAGGAGGGCAUGUUCCCUCUACCGCAAUCAUGCUUGGCGUGUACGAAGCUGCCAUGGAAUGCCUCGAUAAGGACGCGCGGUAA